GGCCAUGGCGCUGCUCUUCACUGCCGUGCGCGUGGUGCUGGGGCUCUUCUUCCUCUUCACGGGGGCUGUGAAGCUGAUAGAGCAGAUCUCGCCCGAGCUGUAUCUGCAAAUGAAGUCACAGUUCGUGCAGUUCGCCGACGUCUUUCCCCUGAAGGAAUUUGGCUACAAACCGGAGCCGGACUGGUACCUGGAGGUGGUCGGCUGGAUUGAAGUGGUGGCCGGGUUGUUGCUGGCAUUUGGGCCCCAGCUCCUGCAAGAGAUCAGCAACUUUGUGCUCACCAUCAUCAUGAUUGGUUCCAUCUACACCCUCCUGGCGCUGAAGGAGUCUAUUGCCAUGUGCGCCCCGGCCACAGUCUGCCUUGGCCUCCUGCUGCUGCUCAACAUACGAGGGAGGGAGGAGGGAAGGGCCAAGCCUAAAUUUGAGUAACUAGAAGAGCAGAGAGGGGGUUUGAUUGGCAGGAGGUGAUAUGAUUCCCCAAAGAAGGAUGGUGAAGACCUCACUUCUUGCCAGUUCACUUGCAGCUGACACACAGUACAAUCUCUUUUGUUCCCGGCAAGCCCUGCUGGUGGACCUGGUGCUGAAUAACCCAUGGGGUUGCUUCUCCUUUGGGUGGACCUGCUGUCUUUCUGUACAAGGGGGGUUGGGAGCAGUUGCCCCACUGGUAGCUUUGCAUUGAGGGCAGUGGCUGGAUGGCUUCUCUGUCUUGAUCCCUGCACCCCCCCGUCUCUCUCCUUGGGGUGCAGCAUAACUGGAGCUGGGUUGUGGCCCACACCCUGUGUGAUGCAGUGAGAGCUGGCGGAAAGCCCUGGGAAACAACAAUGUGAGCCCCUUUUCAUGAGCUUCCCCAAGAGGGGGCUUAGCUCAAGGCCCAGGAAACCCUCAGUCCCUCUGCUGAGGCUGCCAAAUUGUGCAGGGGGUGGGAUCCUCUAGGAACUGGGCUGAGAUCCAGUGCUAGGCACAGGGAGCCAUCAACCCCUGGCUGGGUUUGAACCACCGGCCUGGAGCUGGUCCUUGAGGUUCUGGACAGGUCCCUCCCAGCUGUGACUGGUGGGCUUUGCACUGCCUCUGGGAUGGAUGUGGUGGGACUGAUGGGCCUCUUGCUGGGACCUCCCUUCUCACCCCUUCGUUCUCCCAUGUGCUCAGAACCAGCUGCAGGGGUCCCAGUGCAACCCAUGCUCCACUGCCAGCCCAGUCCCCCUUGGCUUCCCCUCCUUGUGAGCCAGCCCUCCAAAGCCCUGGGGCCGAUUCCAGGCCCACCCAGUGACUGCCUGUUGCACUUUCCUUCCCUCUGACCUUCCCACUGCCCUGCCUGUCUCUGCUAGGCCAGCGGGAGCCUGUCUCUGCAUCCCAGAAGCAGCCAGAUUGGAGACCACCGUGAAGACCCCCAAGGUCCAGGCUUGACAUGCCACCAGCUUGGCAUCUUCUUGGGGGGCUCUGUAUGGGGUGUGGAGUGCCCCUGCUCUAUGGCUGACAAUCCCACGUGGCCAGCCUGUGGGGUGGCAGUGUUGGGUCUGCGCUGUCCAUGUCCUGUGGCCUCUGACUCUUUUAAAUAAAGCCUCUGUUUCUAA